AUGAAAAGUUUUUGGUCGAUUUCAGCGAGUUUUCUUUUAUUUCAAGCUGUUCAUGGUAAAUUUGCUCUUUAUUUCUUCAUUUUUAGGUGUGAAUUCUUGUGGAACGCGCGGGAGAAUUUACGGAGCAUUGUUUAUUCUAAGGUUUUUUUCUUCAAAAAUCGACUGAUUUAAAAUAGUUUCUGACCUUAUUUUAGGUUAACAUAAGGCGAGAACGCAUUUCCAUCCUGCUAAAGUCUAAAAACAACAAAGACACAAACAAAAUCAGCUUACCGCGCUCAAUUUGGGUCAGGGGAUUCAUAUUUCGAAAGUUUUCGCAGAUUAUACUCCAAAACCAGCUCGAAAUUGGACAAAAUCUGCAAUUCCCACAACAAUUAUACCGAGAAAAAUCGAUUGUGGCGCUUCGCCUCGACAUCUACUGAUUUUUCCACCCUGCGACGCGCGAAAUCGCUGUGCAAGUUGCGAUGCACGGUGCGAAACUCAGCUUGCAUUCGUCACUGUGCAAAAGACAAAAAUUGACCGCACUGUGCAAAAAUUCGGAACCCUCAUUUUCGUGAAUUUGGGAAAAAACCCAACAUUUUGGAGGAAGAAAACAGUGCAAAGUGUCGCGCAAAAUUGCACCGUGCGUUCGGCAUUUGUCGCACACUUCGCACUUCAAACCCGAAAGAAACAAUUGGAAUUGGUUCGUGCACAGUGCAAUGCAAGUCGCUUCUCUUGCACAGUCGUAAUCGUCUUGAAAAUAUGCCUUCAAUACCCUAUACAAUUUUGUCGCUGCGACAAACCCUGCACGGUGCGGUGAAAAUUUGGGAUUUGCACUGUGGCAAGGGAUCUCGGUUGGUUGCACAGUGCAAGGUUCGUUUCUUCGGGGUUCGCUGCACGGUGCAAAUGGAUUUUUCUCUAUUUUUGAGUUAUCAGAGUCGGAAAAAGAGACGUAAAAGGGAAUAAUGAAGAUGGGAUGAGUGAAAUUUGCGGCACUCUUGCUGAGGAGGUUGUGGUAAAGGGAUCAGAAAAAAUUUGGGUAUAAAAUUGAUGUUUUUUUGUCGUGUGGAUUUUAGGUAGAUGUUUUUGAUAAAAUUGGAAAUCUAGGUGUUCUCUCGUUGAAGUAGGAGUUAUUAAGUGUAUGGAUAGUUAGUUCAGUUGUUGUCAGAAGCGUUUAACUCAAAACCAGUGCAUUUUUUUAUAUUGUACUAGAAAAAAAUUUUUGUUUUUCUUUUACCUCUUUCUGUUUCACGACAAUCGUUCUUUUAGCUGUCUUGGUUUACGAAAAACAGAUUGACGAAUUUACAAAGCUUAUUUUGACGCAGAACGACAAAUGCAAGGAUCAAAGCCAGCUGCACGAUGGGAUGCUCGACUUCGUGGACAUUGAUAUAGCAAAAUCUCGACUUUUUUUUACCGAGGGAAAUCAUUGUGUGCAACAUAACUUCUCUGACUUCGACCCGCCGCAACUUAGGAUCUCACGAACGAUCGAAUUUUACACCAGUCGCACUAUCUACACGGUGGCUUGGAAAAAUGAUGAUACUUUUACCUAUUUAUCAAAGUAAGUCUUCUUUAUUAUUAGCUUUUCGAUUUCUAGUCUCGGCGGGGGCAAGAUUACAGUUCCAACGAACCCUGAGUUGCGCCACGCGCUAAUCCAUCGUAAUGCGCUCUUCCUAAACGACAGCCGUGCUUUGUAUUUGGGCGAAGAACUCGGCGACGUGAAUUGUGUCGAUUCGGCGACUGGUCAGCUGGCUCGGGAAUGUGAUCUUGACAUGAUUUUGCCCCAAGGUGAGGAGAAAACAAGGAAUUGUUUGAAAGACGGACCCUGCUAUUUGUUGGACGAUUUCUUUGUGGUUCGUAAUCCAGACGGUUUCAACAUUGUCUACAUGUCCAUGGAUUUGUAAGGUUUUGUGGGGUUGAUUUUUUUUUUUUUUUGAAAAUUUUUGUUAAUUUCGCAUUACUUUAGUCAGAACAAGACCUCCUUGGAUAUUGUGGUCCUCUAUCAUAACGGCCAUUUUUACGUAACCUCAAAACUAUAGUAGGUUUAUACAUUAUUUGUUGGUAUUGAUUUUUAGUGAAUGUCAUAAAGUGACUGUGAACUUGAUGGGUGUCAUGCAAAUUCCAUUGAAAUUUGAGGACAAGAUGGACCAAGGGGAAAAACUUGUUUUUGAAAAAGUUCAUGGUGAGACUAUGUAAAAAAGGUCGUAGGAAGUGCCUACGAGGCCUUGAAAAGCCGUCUAAUGCUCGGCGGAGAAUGGGCGAAGGCAUGACGGACCUGAUCCAGUGGCAAAAAAUGUACCAUCUUGCGCCCGCGAAGUAUCAAAAAGUGUAGCAAAAUGCCUCCCUCUCCAACUGAAAAGACUUCGGUUUGAAGGGCCCUCACAAAAAGAGCGGGCGCCGUUUUAAAAUCGGAGUUUUUUCACUUGGAGAGGGAGGUAUUUUGCCACAUUUUUUGAUACUUCCCGGCUGCAAAAUGGUACGUUUUUUGCCACUGGAUCAGGUCCGUCACUGUACGUAUCAAAUCGUCGUGUCUUUCAGAGACUCUAAACAUGUUUGAUCGUAUCGGCGACGCAUUUUUGGGGGUCUACAACCAAAUUGGGUUAGUCAACAAAUACGGCCAUGUUCGUUGGCAAUUUUUCAUCUUCUUUGUGGUCGAAGUCAUGAUGUUGUGCGGCCUGGUGCUCUUGUGUUUGGCGUUGAAUACAAGUACGGAUGCCUGGAAGUUACUCGCUUUCCCGUUUGUCAUGGGUUACCGAGGAUUGGUCAACUUUAUUCAUGCGGUAAGUUGGGAUAAAAAUUAAAAUAUGCGUUUUUCUGAAUGUCUUGAAAUUUAUUUUGAAACAAUUUUUUAGCGGAAAGUAUCAGCAAGCGCGGCCUUACGGACAGAGGCGUUUACCAACGAACAGACCGAGGACAAGUAG